UUUGGGCUUCUUCAGACACAGAGGGCUGAAAGAUCUCCAACAACAAUGAAGCUAGCUCAUCCCAGUGUGGAGAAUCAUGCCACCAUCAAGCUGGCCUUGCUACUGUUAUUUACGUUCUCCACCAACGCUUUCCCAACAGCAGAGGACACAGAGGAGCCAAACAUGUCUCCAUCAGAGCCUCGCUCAGCUUUUGCAGCCCUGGAUGAAGUCCGGCUCAUCGCUAACGGUCUCCUGCAGCUAGGGAAAAACCUGAGGGACUUUGUACAAAAGACAAAGAGCCAGAUCAGUGACAUCUUGCAAAAGCUCAACAUUUUUGAUAAGUCCUUCAACAAGCUGUCUGUGCUAGCCAGUGAGAUCAAAGAGAAAGAAGAGGAGUUGAAGAAGACCACUGUGGUGCUCCAAGCCAACAAUGAGGAGAUCAAGAGCCUGUCCCUGGAGAUCAACUCUAAAGUAGAGGACAUCAUGAGGGAGAGAGUCCAGCUGUGGAAUCAGGUUGGAGGGCUUGAGGAGAAGCUGAGUGGACUUUCUCAAGGUCUUCUCUCAGCAGAUCAGUUUGCAGAGAUUUCAGCACUCAAAGAGGUGAUCCUAGCCCAAGAGAAGAACAUCUCAGACCUGCUGCAGGCAGUGAAGGAGCAAAGUGAACAUCUGAAUGACCAGAAAAACAAGAUCAAAAGUCUGGAGAAUAAGCUGAAAUCUGCCAGCCUUCAGGACACUCUGUCUAAGUUUAGUUGGGAUGGUGAAAGCUACAGCAUGUCGGAUUAUUUGUCCAACUACUCCAACGAUGGAAGCUUUUCAAGUGCUUUCCCAAGAGACUGCGGUGAGGUCUUCAGCAGCGGAGAGAAAACCAGUGGCCUUUAUCCCAUUAAACCCAAUGGAUCCGAGCCUUUCCUUGUGCACUGUGAUUUCACAGAGGAGGGAGCGUUCACGCUUAUUCAGCACAGACAAGAUGGCUCUGUUGAUUUUAACCAGUCCUGGCAGAGUUAUGAGGAUGGAUUCGGAGACUUCAAGAGCGAGUUCUGGCUUGGUCUGAGGAAGAUCUUCUCCAUCACCCAGCAGGGCAGCUCUGUCCUGCGUAUUCAGAUAGAGAACUGGAAACAGGAAAAACAUUGGUUGGAGUUCCAGUACAUGCUGGACGGCCCUGACUCCAACUACACCAUCCACCUGAAGACGGGAGACCAGACCUCGGAUACGGACGUCCCGACCACGCUGAGUUUCUCCACUAGAGACCACAAUGAUGGGAACAGACACAGAGCCCCACACUGUGCUCAUGAUUAUACAGGAGGCUGGUGGUUCAGCGCUUGUGAAGAUGUCAACCUGAAUGGAAAAUGCAUCCAGAGCCAACCUCGCAGGAAAGGAGUCCAAGGGAAGCAGAAUAAAGGACAGUCCUUCUUUAAAUCUACACAGAUUUCCAUUCGUCACCGUCAGGAAACAUAGUGGCCUGUACAGCAGAAGAAACCACGUGCAAAUACAUCUCUGAUCGUCUUUAACCACGUGAAAUGUGACUCUGUAGCUGCACACUGCAUUAAAAUCCAGCAGCAUGUUCAUUAAACAAAACAGGUCAGAUUUAUUUCAAAUGGAACACAA